AUGGAUGUACAUCGUGCGGCGUGGGUAGUACAUCCUUUGGGGCACGAAAGUUUAGCAAAGGACUUCAUUCAAGAUAUAAAUGAUGGAUACUUUCCAUCACAACUGCAGUCUGAUUAUCCCGACGGAGUUCCAUUGCAGGUGGAUGAUAGAAGAAACAAACUGUAUCUUAUUAGCAACAAAAACAAUCACUUCUCUUCCAAGACCAAUAAAAGCGCUUUCCAAGAUUUUCAAAAUGAUAUUCAAGCUGAAUCAAGCAAAACAAAUCAUUAUUUAAAUAAAUUUCCUCCUCUAUUUAUAAGAAACGGAGAUAUUAACUACAUUAGAAGCGGUGCUAAAUCUUUCGUCCAGGACGAGGAAAUUUUAUUUAAAGUCAUACAAGAUGAUAAUUAUUGCGAAUCUAGCGGUAUUUGUCUAAAAAUUCGUUUCACCACUGGUUGUCAAACGUACAUGUUGCACGUGAAUGUGCGUGAUACGAUAGAAAGUGUUAUGACAAUAAUUAGAGAGGAAUUGUUAAAAGUAAAGAGAAAAAUUAAUGACUUCGAACUAUUUUCUACACAUCCAACACGUGUCUACAGUGAACUGGAACAGACGUUGGUAUCAUGUGGCAUCAACCACAACAUGCUUCUCUAUGCUAGAUAUAGACCAGAAACUAAAAAAACAAUUUUCUAUUAG